UUCCCACGCCACGCCAAGCCCUCACAGCGAAUGCGGAACCUCCCGAGGUCACCUCAAACGUCGGUCAUCAUCCACCUAUCCGCAUCAACCACAACUCCCUCCCCCUGCGCCGGGAACGAUCAUAUAACUCUACCCACCCUUCAAUUGAGUCCUCGCGAGACUGCAGACCACGAUGAACUCCGUCCGCGCCGCAACCAGCGCCUCGCGCACCGCUCUCACCGCUACCGCCCGCACAGCAGCUCCCCGCCGGGCCUUCUCACAGUCACAAACAACGCGAUCGGGCCACGGACCCAGCUACGACCCCCCAUCCGGAUGGCUCUUCGGUGUCAAGCCCGGCGAGCAGUAUGAGAAGGAGGGGUGGGAGAACGCCAUGUACUGGGGAUUCGGCGGAGCUUGUGCUUUUGGCGUUGUGGCUUAUGCUUUCAAGCCGGAUACUAGCAUCCAGACCUGGGCCCUAGAGGAGGCGCGACGAAGACUCGAAGCCGAGGGCAUCCUCUCAGACCCGGAUACCGUCAAGAAGGAGUAGACGAUACCUCCGGCACGUCAACAAGACCCGAGAUGGGCAGAAAUCUUACAGCAAUACCACAGAAACUGUAUAUAUGCUAGCGAGGACGAGGAUGCGAUCUUUCUUUUGUGAGCACGGAUCUGGAUGGGCUAGACGCUCUAUAGACUUUGCGAAGACGGCUGAGUAGCCAAGGGUAGGCAAUUGCAAUUUUUUAUCGAUGUCAAUGAAUUUCAUGCGCGAGAGGUGAUGCUACCAGACUCGCGAAACGAUCA